CCGAUCAACACUAGCCGCUACCAGACGUUGCAACGAGCUGGUGCCAAGCGGACAUCCUCUCCCCAUUCAAACUCAAACUCUUCCGUGUCAGUGUGUGCGGCGGGUGUGUUUGUGUGUGCUGCGUAACGGAUCAAUAGAAGUGCGUUUGUGUUCUCGAGACCGGAAGGACUCAAUCAGUCGUCGGCGGGUGCGAAGAUUGCGCUCAGUGAGAGUAAAAGUGACAAGUGUGUUCGUGUGUAUCGAGGUUACAGGAACAGAAUCAGUUCGUUAACAUACCUCGCACUGUGUGCUUGUCGAUCGUUGCAAUUUAGCCGAAUUAGCGCCAAUAAAGUGCGGUGCGUGCGUGGAGUGUUAAACUUGGGGUAAAUUUGAUAAGCAAAAAAAAAAACAAAUCCCGCCAAAAUGAUGGGGAAGUCGAUUGUUUGCGCGGUGGCGCUGCUGGUGACGAUGGCUGCGGCUCAAGUCCCAGAGUACAUCAAGCAGUGUAAGCGGUCCGAUCCGGAACUGGAGACGUGUCUGAAGAACUCGCUGCAUCAUCUGAAGCCGUACCUGGCGAAGGGCAUUCCGGAAAUUAAGCUGCCGUCCGUUGAACCUUUCAUCAUGGACACGCUCUCGCUGCAGCUGACCGGAGGACCCCAAGGAUACAGGAUCAACCUGAAGAACAUGGAGGUGUUUGGAGCUAGCAACUUCACCGUCAAGGCACUCAAGUUGAGCGAAGGCAGCAAGCCUUUCGAGGCCAGAUUGACCAUCCCCAAGCUGCUGAUCCACGCCAAGUACACUUCCAGCGGUGUUCUGAUCAUCAUCCCUGCCAGCGGAGCUGGUGACUUCGAUGCCGUCUUCGACGGAGUGACUGCCGACGUCAAAGGUCGCGUCUCGUUCAACGAGAAGCCAACCGGAACGCACAUGCGCGUGGAAACGCUUGACCUGAACCUGGCCAUCAAGAAGCCCCGACUGAGCGUGUCCAAGAUCUUCAACAACAACCGCAUCCUGACUGAAGCCACCAACCUCUUCCUGAAGGAGAACGGCAACGAGGUGCUGCGCGCGCUCCAGCCCCAGCUGCAGAAGAAGCUCUCGGCGGAAUUCUCCGGCAUUGCCAACCAGCUGCUGGAGAACGUCCCCCUGCAGUACUUCAUCGAGGACAUUCGUUUCACUCAGAUGAUACUCAACCAUAGUGUGCUCGUUCUUGUUGGCGAAAGGAAUCAAGCUUACCUUGUUGGAACCACUUUUUGCCCGUCUACGACCAACAACGACAUCAUCAUCAUCAAGACGAUAGGCUCAACAGCUUACUACAUGCACCGGUGCCAGCGGGACGACCCUGAAGUGAACGAGUGCCUGCGGUAUGCCGGAAACAAACUGACCCAGCACCUGCGGGAAGGUGGCAUCCCGGAGAUUGGGAUUACCGAUGUGGAACCGGUGGUCGUCGAUGAGAUCAGCAUCGCCCUGGGCAGUGGGCCGGACGGCUACAGGGCCUCUUUCAAAAACAUCGAAGCCUUUGGCGUUAGCAAUCUGACCUUUGUGAACAUACGGUCUGACAUCGACACGCUCCAGUUCCAGAUGACGCUGGAGAUUCCGCGCAUCAAGGCAAAGGCCCAGUACAAGUCCUCGGGGGUGCUGCUGCUGCUGCAGGCUUCCGGUUCCGGCGAGUACUGGGGAGAGUAUGAGGGUGUCAAAGCCAAGGUCUACAUGAAGACCUCACCGUACCAGGGAGACGAUGGCUUCACCUACCUGAACGUGGACCAAGCAAAGAUGGACUUUAGCGUGAAGGACAUCAAAAUGGGCGUCGAGAACAUCUCAAACUCGAACGCAAUUCUUCACGCCGCCAUGAACCUGUUCAUCAACACGAACGCCCAGGAGCUGCUCAAAGAGAUGAAGCCCCAGCUGCGAACGAAGCUGACCGAGCAUUUGCACAACUUUAUGCAGGUGCUCUUUGACAGGAUUCCGCUGGAGUACUGGCUCGAGUGA